AAUUAUGGUUCGACUAACAUUGGACCUAAUUGGUAAAAGCCUCAAUCAGAAGAAUCGCCGAGAUGAAUCCUUGGCCCAGCAUCUGAGGAAAACAACCCACCUCAAGUUAUCUAAUAAAAAUAUAGAUAUAAUUGAUGACCUCUCUUUGUGUAAAAACCUUAAUGUCCUUUAUCUGUAUGAUAACCAGAUUAGACAAAUAGAUAAUUUGAAUUUUGCAUCAAACCUAAGACACCUGUAUCUGCAGAACAAUUGCAUAACUCGAAUUGAAAAUCUAUCAGCAUUAAUAAAACUUGAGAAAUUGUAUCUUGGUGGCAAUUACAUCACUGUAGUGGAAGGCCUGGAAACUUUAGAGGAACUGAGAGAAUUACAUGUUGAAAGCCAGCAGCUACCUCUAGGAGAAAAGCUCUUGUUUGACCCAAGAAGUCUUCAUUCACUAGCAAAGUCUUUAUCAGUGUUGAAUAUCAGCAAUAACAAUAUUGAUGGACUGAGUGAUUUAGGAAUUCUAGAAAAUAUUUUCCACCUCAUAGCUGUUGACAAUCAGCUUCACCAUAUGAAGGACUUGGAGUUGGUUCUUGGUGUAUGGCCCAAACUGUGCAAAAUGGAGCUGAAUGGGAAUCCUGUUUGCCAAAAACCAAAGUACCGGGACAGGGUUAUAGUACAGUCAAAAUCUCUUGAAUCCCUUGAUGGAAAAGAAAUUAAAGAAAUGGAAAGACAAUUCUUGAUGAAUUGGAAAGCUUCCAGAGAUGCCAGGAAGAAAAACAGGGCAGAAAGCAUGAUGAAUGAGCAUUCAUCAUAUUCACAUUUUGAUAGUAAUGACUCAGUACAUCCCCAUUUUCCAGUUUACUACUUCCCAAUGGUCAAAGAAAAGCCCAGUUUUGCUAUUUUGUCUGAAGUGCAUAGACCUACUUACAAUAAAGAAUCCCGACCAACUUUUGAGAAUACAGUUGUUGAAAAAAUCAGCCAUUCAGACUUCAAGAGUUCUCGAAGUGUGCAGAAAGAACUGUUUGAACCUCACCUCCUUAGGCAAAUGCCUCAGUAA